CUCUUGUCUUUUAUUUUCAUUUUCUUUCUUUAACCACCACCCUCUUCUCAUUCAUCCUCAUCCUCAUCAGCACUCUUCAUCACAUCCACGAUAAAGUUUGUCUUGCUUUCUUUACCCCACACUCUUCCCUUUUUAGAUAAAUCCGCAUAUUCCACCUCACACUCCGACUGGACUGCACACUCUUAUCUGUUUCGCUCUGGCAACAACACAAAACACACAAAAAGCGAUCGAUAAUGCUAGGCAGGAAUGUAGCCAGGCCUCUGGGCAUGUCUCCCUCGCGUAUCGCUACUGCCUACAAUGCCAUGACAUCCCACCGUCUGACCCAGUGGAUGCUGUCGUCUAGACCGUAUUCGAUGCUCAUGCACCGGUACUUGUUCCUCGCCCCGCAGCUUCUUCUCACCAGCAGUCCAGCAGGUCUCCCCAAUUCGACUCCGACGCUCGUCUCCCUCGACGGAGGCGUUGCCGUCGCACAAGCAUCAUCACCCUCUUCUUCGACUUGUUCGUCAUCGUCAUCGUCGUGUCAACUCCACACUAGUGCAGCAACUGCUUCGUUGGCGCAGGUGCAAGCGCAGCUCGCUCAGGAGAUUCUGCUGCCCUUAGAGCUACACACACCGUCAUCAUCUUUCAAUGGAACAGCUACAGCGGACACAACAGCCACGACAGCCAAAGAUGUCUCUUCUGUUAAUUCGCCCUCAACGGUGACCAGGAAUGCUAUCGCAUACAAUUAUUUGCUCGCUGCGAGUUGGCACCCGAAAUCGAGGCACCGACCACAGGCGCAGGCGCUACAGCAUCAACAGGAUCAACUGCAGCAGCAGCGACAGGAUCUGGAGGAUGCAGCAAAAGCGGAGAGGACGUUACGAUGGAAACAAAAACUGAGGGCUGCGCACCCGGGGAAGGUCGAUGCGGGCGAGGAUGCGUUUUUUCAUGUGUCGACCCCGAGUCGUGUGGCGUUAGGGGUUGCAGACGGAGUCGGCGGAUGGUCUGAGAUGGGCGUGGAUCCUGCACUGUUCUCGUGGGCGUUGAUGAACAAUGCCGAGAACAUUGCUCAACUGACGGACACGACACCGCCAGAAGAGCCGAGCGCACUCACUGCAGGCGGUGAACGGACGGUCCUGGAUGCGCAGACGAUCCUGGAUGGCGCGUAUAGUGAACUCGUCCAGAGUGGCACCGUCGAAGCAGGCUCGAGCACAGCUUGCAUUCUAUCGCUUUGCAAGAUGACAGGGACGUUAAAGGCGUCGAAUCUCGGCGACAGCUCGUUCCUCCUGAUCCGGGAUAACCAAUGUAUCUACGAAUCCCCGUCUCAGCAGCAUUUCUGGAAUUGUCCUUACCAACUCACAGUCUUGCCGCCAAAACUUCGUCAGCAGCAGCAGCAGCAAAAGCAACAGCAGACACAGGCAAACGGCAAUGCUCAGGAACCGGCCGAGUCCAGGGAAACGAAAAAGAUCAAGACAAAAUCAUAUGUCCAGGAUCUCCCCAAGGAUGCGAUGCAGACGACGCAUCAGUUACAGGAUGGGGACGUGAUUGUGCUGGCGACAGAUGGAUUUUGGGACAACGUGUUUACGAAGGAGGCACUCGAGCUGGUGAAUCGGGAGCUGGGAGAUAUCAUUCGAGAGCAACGACACCGGCAUGAUGCGGAGGAUGAAUUCAAGAGGGAUGAGCAGCCGAAGUUGUCGGCAGAGGAGAUUCUGGCAAGGGUGCGGGCACUCUCCAAGAGACUGACGAAUACGGCGAGGAGGUUCUCGUUGGACCCGAAGCGGAUGACGCCGUUUAGCCAGGGAGCUCGGCAUAUCAAGUGCGGCGGAAAGAUCGACGAUAUUACAGUGAUCGUGACAUUGGUGCGAUCGAGUCUUCCGUAGGGGUUGUAAGAAAAGGAAAUCGUCGUUAUUUCGUCCGCAACGGCAUAUUUUCUUUUCUUUUUCAUUAUUCAUUUUAUAUAUGCUUGUAGACUAUAUUUUUUUUUUGCAUCUUGAUCGGUAACGUCAGUCCGGAUGUUUGAACCGUGGCAUCGUGCGUUCAUGCGUCCGUCUGUUCGUUCGUUAUAUCAUCUCUCUCUUUUUUUUUGGAUUCUUCAUUUCCUUGUAUCAUAGACAUAACACAACACAUUCAUAAAAAAAUAAAAAUAAAAAUAAAA